CAUGGCGACCACAGCGUCUAAUCAUUACAUUACGAGCGGCAACAUCCUCACCUCCAACUCCAUCGUGCACUCGGAGCCGGGGAGCAUGCAACAAGGGACAGUCUACAGGGAUGCACAGAAACUGGUCCAGAAUGAUUACAUGCAGAGCAAUGGGCACCCUCUCAGCCACGCUCACCAAUGGUUAACUGCUCUCUCUCACGCCGAGGGGUCUCCGUGGUCGGCCGGCGUGGCGGCCAGCCCCCUCGGUCAGCAAGACAUCAAGCCCUCGGUGCAAACGGGGAGGGAUGAUCUCCACAGCGGGGCCACCCUGCACCACCGGCCCCCUCACAUGGCCCACCAGCACGGCAACCACCACGGAGCAUGGGGCGCCACCACUUCAGCCCACAUCCCCAGCAUGGCAUCCAACGGGCAGGGUCUCAUCUAUUCCCAGCCGGGCUUCACGGUCAACGGCAUGAUCAACCCGGCAGCGGCUCAGGGCAUGCACCACGGGCUAAGGGAAACUCACGAUGACCACCACAACGACCACGUUCAACACCAGCAUCAUCAUCAACAGCAGCAGCAGCAGCAGCAACAUCAGCAUCAGGGUCACGAUCACUCGGACGAGGACACCCCGACCUCGGACGACUUGGAGCAGUUUGCCAAGCAAUUCAAGCAGAGGAGGAUCAAGCUUGGAUUUACCCAGGCCGAUGUGGGACUAGCUCUCGGGACCCUCUAUGGCAACGUCUUCUCUCAGACCACUAUCUGCAGGUUCGAAGCGCUGCAGCUCAGCUUUAAAAACAUGUGCAAACUCAAACCCUUGUUGAACAAGUGGCUGGAGGAGGCUGACUCUACAUCUGGGAGCCCCACCAGCAUAGACAAAAUCGCAGCCCAGGGCAGGAAGAGGAAAAAGAGGACCUCUAUCGAGGUGAGCGUCAAGGGGGCUUUGGAGAGCCAUUUUUUGAAGUGUCCCAAGCCCUCAGCCCAGGAAAUCACCAGUCUAGCGGACAGUCUUCAGCUCGAGAAGGAGGUGGUCAGGGUUUGGUUUUGUAACAGGCGACAGAAAGAGAAACGGAUGACUCCUCCCGGAGGAACUCAUCCCGGAGCCGAGGAUGUAUAUGGGGCCAGGGACACUCCACCGUCACAUCUUGGGGUUCAGACUCCUGUACAGUGAACGAACACCCCAAUCACUUUUUGUUCCUUUUAUUUGUUCUUUUCUUAACGAACAGCUUAAAACACUGGACUAUCGUUACGAUAGCACAUGUUAAUGAUGUGUUUUGACCUAUACAGAAGGAGCUCGCAGGCAAAUGGAGUGAGUAUAUAAAUAACAGAGGCACUGAUAUACAUACAUACCUUUGCAAAACUGUGGCGAGAGACACAAACUGCCUAGAUAGAAUGUGACCUAAAAGGCUGCUAUAAUUGUUAAUGUACAGAUCCACUGUGACAGAUGGGGCAAAGGGAUUUUUUUUUGUAGCAAAAGCAGAGGAGGAUUUGGCCACGAGCUGCAGUUUUGUUUGUUGGAAGAAUAGGGAAAGGGGUGAGAAAAAGGAAAUUCCAAUACACUGCUCUCUGAACCAGCCGCCAUCCCAGUUAUUUGCUUUUUUUUAUAAAAAAAAUUCUCAGCAGAGUGGGAGAUAUUUCUCCUGGGCGCUGAAUUGUAUGAGAUGAGAGGCUGUGUAUGUGAGCAGAAAAUAGCCUGUGUCAAUCAGGCACACAGGGGCUCAGCUAAGACCACACAACUCUCUUCGGGAUCUGAAGUUGGGAGAUUAAGAAAAAGCAAACGGGAUCAAUUCAUAUGCACACAUACACACAAAAAACUUUUUUUUAAAAAAAGAAUGAUAAAUCAAUAAAUAUUAGGCGCUAUAAAGUACUACAGAAUCACUAAAAGUUUUAUCCCCAUGUAUAAACUGAUUCUCGUCCUGAGACUGCAAUAUCUUUUUACACCAACAGAACUAUUUCAAAUAUGCUAGCUAACAUUUUAACGCCCGCCGAAUUAGCACUGUACAAUAAUUUUAAUUUUUUUAAUAUAAAAACCCGAAAAUUAAAAUACUGUUGUUCCUGUCACAUUUUCAGUAUAAAACAUUUUACUCAUUAAAUGUGCGCCUAGAGUCUAGCACGAAAACAAAACUGCGGUGUCCUCUUAAUGUCAGGACAAAUGAAGAAGGACAAAAAAAAACCCUUAAAAACACAUAUCAGUAUAUUGCGCUUUCUUACAAAGAACAUAUCCAACCAUUCAAACUUCUAGAAAAGGUGUGUACGUAUUUGAGAUAUUUUGAUGUGGUGAUAUGAUUGUAAUUUAACCGCAGUUUAUAGCGAUUCCUAAAGACGAUAAAUUUUAGUAAAGUGUAAAAAAAAUAAUUAAUAAAAAAAAACCGGGUCAGAUAGGUUGGUACAGAGAUAAAUAAUUCUGAGACACUAACUAAGUUUGUGUCUGUUCGUUUAGUAACAUGAAGUUGAACGUGGAGUACUUUGUUAGAACCUUUUAUCAUAGGUUUAAUGGAGAGCGGUUAUCAUGCACAUCGUAUACCACUAUGUAUAUAUGUUGCAUAUAUUUGUCCUUUGAACUGAAAGAAAAAAAUAAUCUGAAUGAUUUUUUUUCAUUGUAUACAUUUUUUUCAUAAUGCUGCCCAGGGAAUUUUAAUAUCAUUUUCACGUGGCCUGCCUCGAUGUAUUUAUUUCUUUAAAAGAAGUUCUGGAAACUGUUUCUUCUGUAGCUUUAAUUGAUUAGAUGUUAUAUGUGGGAUGUAAAUUUUUUCGUUAUGCUUUUUUCCCUUCUUGAAAAGUUUGUUUUUGGUACAUUUCAAUGUGUCUUGUGAAGAUAAAAGAAACAACGCAGAGUCCCUUAUAUAUUUAUGUUAAAGUAAUAUUUUAUUACUUACAUAAAACAAGCAAU